AUGGCUUGUGGGUCAGGAGAUCUUCAGGGCCUUACAUCUCCAUUUUCUUCUGCCAGAGCUGACAAUAGCCUCUAUGUUGAAGGAUCCUGGUUCCGGGCCUGUGGUCAGACUAACAUCUCCUGCAAGAAUGUGAAGGGGAAGCUGGUGGAGGUAGGCAAGUGGCCAUGGCAGGUGAGCAUCCUGUUCAUGGGCAUGAACAUCUGUGGCGGCUCCAUCAUCCACCACCAGUGGGUCCUUACAGCUGCACACUGCUUAUACAGAUCCAAAGACCCCAAAGCAUACUCUGUGAAGGUGGGAGUUCAACACAUCUCCGAAGAUGGCACUGAGCUCUCUGUCACUCACAUUGCAAUUCAUGAGGAUUUCAACAACCUCAUAUCCCAGGACAUUGCCCUCCUAAAGCUUGGAGACUCCAUCUCCUGGUCCCCCCUCAUCCAGCCUGUCUGUCUACCCACCCCCAAACUCAAGCCAUCUCUCGGAUCCAUGUGCUGGGUGAUCGGGUGGGCCCGAACAGAUACAAAAGUGACCCCACAGCCCUCCUACAGUCUUCAGGAGGUGGCUGUCAAGAUCAUAAACAAGAAGAUCUGCCAUCAACAGUACAAGUUCCUCUUCUUAAAGGACCAGAAGAAGUUCAUCGGGAAUGACAUGAUGUGUGCCGCCUCACAAUGGGGCAUGGACAUGUGUCAGGGUAAAUCUGGCAAUUCCCUUGUCUGCCAAGUGAACAAAACCUGGAUUCAAAUGGGGGUGAUGAGCUGGAGCUUUAGCUGCAACCAGCACCGCUUCCCGGGCCUCUACACCAGCACCUCCCACUUCACUAAAUGGAUCAAGAAGCAGAUCAGUGACGUGAGGUUCGUCAGUAGAGCUGGGCCCACCUUCCUGAGCCCAGUCUUCCUCACCAGCUGCAUUCUGCUGCUCUCCUUGGGCUCCCUGUGGCUCCUGUGAGUGAUGUUUCCAGGGCAGUCCCCCAGGAGGCUGUUUCUUCUUCUCUGUCCAUCUGCAGGAGAAGUGGAGACUGGCAGAGCACAGGACAUCAGGCAGAGUACCCUGGGGGAGGGUCCCAGAGCCACUGUUUUUUUAUAGUUCAAUGAAGAUGCUCUUGAACUUUGUACCACUGAAGUUAUCGUUCUUGACUUUGGCCAGACCCUUCAAAGCCUCCCCACCCCCAAGA